AAAAAUAUUAUGAACUGAUGCCCAUUAACGCUUCACGUAGGUGAUGCCACAUCGUCCUCCCGGGAUGGACAGAAAGAAGCCACGUGGUGAGCGAUGAUAGGAAUUUGAUACUCCGACUCUGAUCUACUGGCCGUAACCUUACUUCCCCCCUAUUUACCCUACCCAGAUAGCGUAACCGUACGGGCACAGCUUUUUCACGAGAGAAUUGAGACCUGUCCCCACCUGAAUUCAAACAGUAGAAACAAAUUAGCGGGCUUUUGAAUUUGAAUGUCGUAACGGCUUAAUCCUCCCUUUCCUCUUCUUUACUCGCCCCUUCCCUAUCAUCCUCCCCAGCAACCCAACCCUCCUCCCCGUUAUCUCUCUCUUUCUCUCUCUCUCUCACGCCCGUUCGCGAUGGCUUCGCUUACUCCAGGAAUCCUACUAAAGCUCCUCCAAUCCAUGAACUCCCCCACGCGCGUCACCGGCGACCACCGCUCCGCUCUCCUCCAAGUGAUCGGCAUCGUCCCAGCUCUUGCCGGCUCCGACCUCUGGCCAAACCACGGCUUCUACGUCCAACUCUCUGAUUCCCUCAACUCGACCUACGUCUCCCUCUCCGAGCGCGACACCGAAUUAAUCCUCUCCAACCGACUCCAGCUCGGCCAGUUCGUCUACGUUGAUCGCUUCCAUUUUGACUCUCCCGUGCCACGUGUCUCCGGGAUCCGCCCAAUUGCAGGUCGUCACCCUUUCGUUGGUUCCCCUGACCCUCUCAUAGCCCGCAUUUCGUCAUCCAAAAGGGAUUUCGUUAUACAACCCGUAUCCGAAUCCGAAUACUCCGUGGAUCCAAUUGCGGUUUACUUGUCCAACAAAAAAUUGGAGCAACAGCAAACACCGACUGAAAACAAGGAUUCGAAAAUUGAAAAGCCGAAAACAAGGCAGCCUCUCGCGCCUAGAGAUAAUGUUAGAGUUAAUGAAAAUUUUGAAUCUGAAUCAAAGGUUACUGAAAAGCCGCCGCAAAGAUUUUCGUCUCCGGCCACCGCCAAACGUUCCGUUUCAGCUGUUAAGAAAACCAAUGCGGCAGUUGUGGAGAGGGAUCCAUCUCCGGCUGGCAAAGGGAAAAGAUCUGCAUCUCCGGUACCGUCAAAAUGCGUGGUACCGAGCUUGAUGGCAGCGAAGGAAGAGAACAGGAAAGUGGCGAGAGAGCCGGCGAUCGUAGUACCCUCGAGGUAUAGGCAACCUUCGCCUAACGGAAGGAAGCAGGCAUCACCGAGUGCUCGAAGAGGAUCUCUUUCUCCAGGGAGGAGGUUGUCCGGGGUGUUGAAGGUCUCGCCGGCUGUAGGGGAUUCGAAGAAGAAGAUGGCAACGAUCGUUGCUGGAAUUUCCAAGGUGUCCGAAGCACUGGUGGGGUCGGCGAAGAGUAGUAGGAAGAGCUGGGAUGAGCAGCCAGAGAAAGGUUCAGGGGAACAAAAGGAGAAAGGUUCUUCUAAGAGUAAACCGGAUCUGCAAGCUAUUUUGCGGACACAGGCGGCCAUUUCAAGACGUUUAAGUGAUGUGCAUGGUCAAAAAUCUAAUGAUGAAAAUUCCUCAAGCAAUGAGAAAACAACAGAUAGCCCAUCCGAAGAUAGUCUGGCCACAGAAAAACUAACAUGUGCGGGUGGGGCUUUGGGAAUCACCAUUCAUGAAAAGAAAUGGACUGAUGGCAGUGUUUCAUGGGAUACCCUUUCUGCUGACCUUGCAACGCUGGGAAAGGAGGCUAUGCAAAGGAGAGUUCUUGCCUCUAAAGCUGCAGCAGAGGCAUUGGAAGAGGCCAUUGCUACUGAAUCUGUUAUCAGGAAUUUAAGCAUGUUUUCAGAACUCUCCUCUAAAUCCAAGGCUGGGAAUCCUAUACCCACCAUUGACCAAUUUUUAUCAAUUUAUGAUGAUGUUGUGAAGCACACUGGGAUUGCCAAGUCCAUUGCAGCUAGCCACAAUUCUGACACAGAAAAUGCCUCCUCGAAGCACUCAAAAUCCUCUUCACUAUGGGUUGAAGCUGCACUGGCUACUGAUCUUGAGAUAGUCUCCCUUCUAACCCCUCAGAACAAUGAGUCUCCAUCAGCUCUGCAGAGAAGUUUGUCAAAAGGGCGGCAAUCUCAUCAUGCUUCAGCCAAAAACCAACUCAAAGCUACUUCAUUGCCACAUUCAGAACCUAAUGCUGCAAUGUGGACUAGAGGUCAGGGAAUGAAAGAGACAGUGCAUUUUGCAAUGGAGUUGAAGUCUGAGAUGCAAAUGUGGUUUCUUCGCUUCAUUGAGGAGUCCCUGGAUGCCGGUUUCCGGGUGCUCGGAGAGUGUGGUUCUGGUAGUAAAACAUUGCCUUUGGACUGUGGCUCCAUCGCAGCAGUUCUAUCGCAGUUGAAACGGGUCAAUGAUUGGCUAGACCGUGCGGUUUCAAACGGGGAUGGGCCAUUGGUAGACAAGGUCGAGAAAUUGAAGAGGAAAAUCUAUGGCUUUGUCAUUCAGCAUGUGGGAACCACUUUUGACAAUUCCAUGCAUCUUUCUUCGUCUUGAUCAUUGGUCUACCUUUUGUGCUUGUUUGAACUUACUUAAACAGGGAUGUUUAUUUGUUUUUACGCUAUCCGCUUCCCGGAUAAAGAUGAUCCUCAUGUAACAAAUGCAGGUUGCAUCAUUUUGGUAAUAUCAGAUUUCAUUUCGUUUCUGUUUGUCUUAA